UUCAGACCUACAGGAACACCAGGCUUUGCUGUGAAACAGAAAGCAAAUGAAAAGAAACUUUAUUUUAAAAGUGUCUUUUGAUCCACCAAGAAGAGGGCAACUGGAUUGUUCAUCCAGUUUUACAGAAUGAGUAGCCGUUUUACAGAAAGAAGAGGACAGUAUUGGAGUCAUCUUUGACUUCUCCAUUUGGAACUAAUAUUGUCUAUUGAGAUAUAGAAAGCUGGAAAGCUUUUAUUCAGAACAAUGGAUUUCAUAAAGGAGAACAGUCAAAUUCUCAUUCAAAGGAUGGGAAUGACUGUUAUAAAGCAAAUUUUGGAUGAGCUAUUUGUAUGGAAUGUUCUGAAUGACAAUGAAGUAAACAUCAUUUGCUGUGAGAAGGUCGAGCAGGAUGCUGCGAGAGGGAUCAUUCACAUGAUUUUGAAGAAGGGUUCAGAAGCCUGUAACCUGUUCCUUAAAUCCCUUGAAAAGUGGAACUAUCCUCUGUUUCAGGACUUGCAUGGACUUAGUCUUUUUUAUCAGAUGUCAGAAGAAGACUUAGAUGGUUUGGCUCAGGAUUUAAAGGACUUAUACCAUACCCCAUCUUUUCUGAACUACUAUCCACUGGGUGAAGAUAUUGACAUUAUUUUUAAUUUGAAAAGCACCUUCACAGAACCGGUUCUAUGGAGGAAGGACCAACACCAUCACCGUCUGGAGCAGCUGACCCUGAGUGGCCUGCUGGACACUCUUCAGAGCCCCUGCAUCAUCGAAGGGGAACCGGGCAAAGGGAAGUCCACUUUGCUGCAGCGAAUUGCCAUGCUCUGGGCCUCUGGAGAGUGCCAGGCUCUGACCAAGUUCAAAUUAGUUUUAUUUCUCCGUCUGAGCAGGGCCCAGGGUGGACUCUUCAAAACCCUGUGUGACCAACUCUUGGAUAUACCUGACACAAUCAGGAAGCAGACUUUCAUGGCCAUGCUACUGAAGCUACGGCAGAGGGUUCUUUUUCUCCUUGAUGGCUACAAUGAAUUCAAGGCCCAGAACUGCCCAGAAAUCGAAGCCCUAAUAAAGGAAAACCACCGCUUCAAGAAUAUGGUCAUCGUCACCACCACCACGGAGUGCCUGAGGUACAUCAGGCAGUUUGGUGCGCUGAUUGCCGAGGUGGGGGACAUGACCGAGGACAGUGCCCAGGCUCUCAUCCGGGAAGUGCUGAUAAAGGAGCUCGCUGAAGGCUUGUUGCUCCAAAUUCAGAAAUCCAGGUGCUUGAGGAAUCUGAUGAAGACCCCUCUCUUUGUGGUCAUCACUUGUGCAAUCCAGAUGGGGAAAAGUGAGUUCCACUCUAACACACAAACCACACUGUUCUGUGCUUUCUACGAUCUGCUAGUAAAUAAAAACAAGCACAAACGUAAAGGGGUGGCUCCAAGUGAGGUCACUCGGAGCCUGGACCACUGUGGAGACCUAGCUCUGGAGGGCGUGUUCUCCCACAGGUUUGAUUUUGAACCGGAUGACUUGUCCAGUGUGAACGAGGAUGUUCUGCUGACAACGGGACUCCUCUGUAAAUACACAGCUCAACGGUUCAAGCCGAAGUAUAAGUUCUUUCAUAAAUCAUUCCAGGAGUACACAGCAGGACGCAGACUCAGCAGUUUAUUGACGUCUGAAGAGCCAGCAGAGGUGACCAAGGGGAAUGGUCACUUGCAGAAAAUGGUUUCCAUUUCAGACAUUACAUCCAAGUACAGCAACCUGCUCCUGUAUACGUGUGGGUCAUCUGCCGAAGCCACCCGGACUGUUCUGAAACACCUGGCAUCAGUGUAUCAACAUGGCAGCCUCGGUGGGCUUUUAGUCACCAAGAGGCCUCUCUGGAGGCAGGAAUCUAUGCAAAAUGUGAAAAGCACCACUGUGCAAGAAAUUCUGAAAGCCAUAAACAUCAACUCCUUUACAGAGUGUGGCAUCAAUUUAUUCUGUGAGAGUAUAUCCACAUCAAACCUGAGAGAAGAAUUUGAAGCUUUCUUUCAUGGUAAAAGCCUACAUAUCAACUCAGAGAACAUCCCUGAUUACUUAUUUGACUUCUUUGAAAACUUGCCUAAUUGUGCAAGUGCUCUGGACUUUGUUAAACUAGACCUGUACGGGGGAGCUGUGGCUUCUCAGGAUAAGACCACAGAAGACGCAAGCAGGGUCCACAUGCAAGAGUCCUCAGGAACCUACAUUCCCAGCAGGGCUGUGUCUUUGUUCUUCAACUGGAAGCAGGAAUUCAAGACAUUGGAGGUUACACUCCGGGAUUUCUGCAAGUUGAAUAAGCAAGAUAUCACAUACCUAGGGAAAAUAUUCAGCUCUGCUAAAAGCCUCAGGUUGUACAUUAAGAGAUGUGCCGGCAUGGCUGGAAGCCUCAGUUCGGUCCUCAGCACCUUUAAGGACAUUCACUCCAUCAUAGUGGAAGCCAGUCCCCUCACCUUAGAAGACGAGCGGCAUAUCACAUCUGUGACAAACCUGCACACCUUAAGUAUUCACAACCUAGAGACUCAACAGCUACCAGGUGGUCUGACUGAGAGCUUAGGUAAUUUGAAGAACCUUAUGACGCUCAUACUGGAUAAUAUUAAGAUGAAUGAAGAAGAUGCUAUAAAACUAGCUGAAGGUCUGACAAAUCUGAAAAAGAUGUGUUUACUUCGUUUGACCCACUUGUCUGAUAUAGGGGAGGGAAUGGAUUACAUAGUCAAGUCUCUGUCAGCUGAACCCUGUGACCUUAAAGAAAUCCAAUUAGUCUCCUGCUGCCUGUCAGGAAAUGCUGUGAAAACCCUAGCUCAGAAUCUUCACAACUUGGCCAAACUGAGCAUUCUUGAUUUAUCUGAAAAUCAUCUGGAAAAGGAUGGAAAUGAAGCUCUUCAUGAACUAAUUGACAGGCUGCACAUCUUGGAACAGCUAAAUGUGCUGAUGCUGCCCUGGUGCAGUGAUGAACGAGUCAGCUUGGACAGGCUGCUGGAGCAACUGAAGGGGGCCCCACAGCUCAUCAAGCUUGGGCUGAGAAACUGGAGACUCACAGAUGCAGAGGUUAGAAUUCUAGGUGCAUUUUUUGAAAAGAACCCUCUGAAAAACUUCCAACAGCUGGAUUUGGCAGGAAAUUGUGUGAGCAGUGAUGGAUGGCUUGCCUUCAUGAGUGUAUUUGAGAAUCUUAAGCAACUGGUGUUUUUUGACUUCAGUACUGAAAGACUUUUACCUGAUGCAUCAUUAGUCAGAAAGCUUAGCCAUGUGUUAUCCAAAUUAACUUUUCUCCAAGAAGCUAGGCUUGUUGGGUGGCAAUUUGAUGACUAUGAUGUCAGUGUUAUUAAAGGUGCUUUUAAACUAGUAACUGCUUAAAUAAAGGGUACCCUAAGCCCAUGAAUGCUCUGGGGACCCCAUUACUUUCAGCCUGGUGAUUUAAAAACCUUUGCUCAUCUAGUCCAACAGUCUGAAAGUAAAUGGCAAUCCACUAUACACCUAAAAAAUAUCCUUCAGUGUCUGCCUAACUCACCCCUUCUAAACUUUUUCUUCUUUUACUGAUAUCAGGAUGAUGUGUGGCACCAUCACCUCCCUAGCUGGCCUCUUCCAUGGAAAUCUACUUUCUUAGUUUCAUCAUUCAAAUAAAAAGGAGAAGGAAAAGAGGAGGAUGCCAAGAAAAUGAGCCCAAAGAAGAGGAGGAAAUGGGAGGGAGUUUAACUUGACAUCUAUAAAUAGUUCUGGUGUCCCAUCACUUCUACUAGGAGUAUCAGUUACUUGAAGGGGACUCCUGUUUAUCCUUGUAUUCCCUUUGGUCUCAAGAAUAGCAGAUCAGCAAAAUUUAUAUAUUGUAUGCACAUUUACUUAGUACAGGGCCUGGCAUGUACUAUACUCUCAACAAGCAUUUGCUGAAUAUGGGAUAAAGUUACCAAUAAAGAACAGGCCAAAAUUAUUUAAAAGCAGAGAGAAAACUCCAUGUAUGUUCUUUAUUCAAACAGUUUAAUUCAAACAAUUUGGAAUUUAAAAAGUAUUUUCUUACAUAAGCAGAUCAGACUCCCCAAAAAGAUCAGCAAUCUUUAGUUAAGCAAAAAAUUGGCAGUUUAUGAGUAGCUAAAUCAGAGGCUUGAAUGAGUAGCUAAACCAGUUGCUGAUACGUGUAUGUAAUUCCAUCUGUGACUUCAGAGAUUAAGGAAGAAAGAAAAAAUGGACCCAUUAUUUUGUACCCUAUGGAAGCUAAGGGUACCCUGCCCUAAUCUUUUCCCUACCACCUCCAAAAAUAAUCCUUCCCUACAAAGAAAGAAGUCUAAGAAAAAUCUGUUUAAUCUAAACAGAUUUAAGUCGAGGCAAGUCUGAAAUAAACAAAAACCAAAUUGGUGCCAACCUGUAGUUUACCCUCUGCUCUCAUGGCAUCUCCAAUUAAUGGCUCGGGUAUUGGCAUAGGUAACACUUGGCCUGAAUGCUGAGGUAGUCACUGCAAAGAAAUACUAGGUACAAUAUUCCGUUUCACAAGUGAGCAUAUAUUCAGCAGAUUUAGUCAUACAAUUUUAGAGCUGAUAGUUUCCAGAUCAACUACUUCAUCUCUCACCCUAACUUUACAGAUGAGAAACCUCAUAGAAGUUAAAUGAUAGCAAUUUCUCAAACAGGAUUAAUCAUAUUCCAUGAAGCUUGCUCUUAAUCACAAACCAUGGGUCAAGUACUUAAUUCAAACUUGCUUCUUUGUCUAGCUUCAAGUAACUCUGUGGCAAGAUUUACUAGUAAGGCUACUACAUCUAGGCCUAUGCUGGGCAAGCUUCUUAUUUUCAUAUCCAGAACCUGGUCAGAUCUUGGCAAAUAAGACUUCUUUAUAUAAUAAUGCCUGGAACAAUGCCACCUGAAGCAGUUGGCAAUACUGAAUUUCAGCAAGUAGAGCCAAUUCUUUCAGAACCCAUAUGCAACUUCUCAAAUAGUGUAGGUGGGUAUCAAAGCACCUUUGGAAGGACAAUUAAUUGCACAGGUGUUACCUCUAAAUGGGUGUUGAGGAAAUAGGCAUUUAACAUCUCACAGAACUGUGUUCAGUACCUGGGCACUUUAAAAAUCCCCUGGAGAUGGAGAAGACAUGCAUAGCAUGGCAGCACAUACCUCUUAAUCAUCACUCAGUACACGGCAGUUCUUCAGAUUUCAUGCAUGACCCGAAUUCACGUUUAGAUGAGGUCAAUGGAGGAAAAAUCACCCUGUAAUAGUAGACCAAUAAUAGGUAUAGUAAUAGUUGGAGAACAUUAAGACAAAUGUCAAGGAACAGGUUGCCUUAUCACAUUUUACAAAGUUUCACUUUCCCCGGCAGUCAAGGUAGCGUGGGCUCUAUUUCUUCAGCAGGUCAAGUGCCUGAACAGGGUUGCAGAUGUCAAAGACAAUGAUCAACUCCUCAUCAAGCAAAAGUUAUUUGGGACAUUGUCACUUAUCACAGGAUGACUACAAUUCUGCUCGACAGAGAUGGCUUCUUAGAUGUUUAUGAUUCUACUGUAAAGAAACAGGAUUUGGGAGUGUUGCUCAUAUUUAAAAGAGGAUGAGUUUAUUGAAGAAACUUGCAAAAUCUAAAAAAAAAAAAAUCUUCUCUAGAUAGCUGCUGAUGGCUGGAAAUGUCAGAAAUCUUCAGGAGUACUGGAUUCUAGAAAAGUUGAAUCCACUCUCAAAAUCCGUUUUUAAAACCUAAUUAUAAAACUCAUGAUAAAAUGAAAAAAAAUCUCAUAGGUGAUCUGUGACGGCUGCUUGUUAUACUUUUUAUAAGUAAUGCUGGCCAUGUUAGAAAGUCCUUAACAUUUGCAUUUGGAAAAUAAUUUAAAAAUAAUUUACAUGAUUCUCACACUUCGAUUCACUUUUCAAUAAAGCAAAACAAAGUAAGUUAGAAACUGCCUAAUGCAGAUAUAACAAUACUGUAUUCUAUAACCUAGGGUCCACUAUGUUUUGGUAAAAUUAUAUAAUGUAAACUCAAAUUGUUCAUGCAACUUUGAAAAAAGAUUAAAUCGUAUUACUAUGUAUGGAAUUCCACCUAUUCUGGUAAUAUAUGUGAUAUAUUUUGUUAAUAAAAUGAGGAAUUAAAGUCAACCAAUGAAAAGGUGACAAAAAAGAUAAAUCUAUCAUUAUGUCAGUAUUUGGUUAAAUGUAAGACAGAAAACUGGGAUUCCUUCACUGCAUAUCACCUAAGGAUUUGGUAUUAUUUAACCAAAAUAAAACACUUUGAGAAUGAUGGGCCACUUACAAAUGUACUGAAAUUUUUUAAUGAGAAAAACUAUUAAAAAACUGAUAAGUAAAAAUUUUAAAUUGUGCCAGAUGGUAAAAUAUGUUUUAAAAUUUCUGAUAAAAAUGUUUGCUUCUACUUUGCAAGACAUAAUUCAGGAGGACCUCAAAGGAAAAUGUAGCAAUUAUGUUUGGAAAAUCUAUAAAAGAGACUUUUACUUUUAAAAUGGAUUUUUUCUUUUCCUAAAAUGUGUACUCAAGAAGCAUGUUUAUAAAUUUCACUGAAGAAAGUAUUAUAUUUUUAAUAAUGUGACAGAUCCACUCUAUCAAGUGGCUCUCUUAUAAAGGUAGUGUUAUAUCACACUGCAGUCAACUACGAAACCAAAGAUAGCAAAAUUCAAAUUUAGAGAAACAGCUUUCUAAAGGAAGCCUAUUUAAAGCCUAUAACAUUUAGAAGGUUCUCACUGCCCCAAAUACAUUUUACAAAAAUAUAGUUUCAUUGGUUUCAUGAAAUGUGAACAAACCUACUAUUCUCUAAUUAAAUGAUUUAACAGUCGAUGCAACGUUGGAUUACUAAAUAAACUGAAAGCCAAGGAGUCAAUAUUCCUCAUAAAAAUAAAUUAAAUUACAGUACAUCAUGGUCUUGGUUGUCCAAUUCUAUUGUUAGUUCCAUAUCUACUUGGUAUAUUUGUAAAACCAGUCCUGAAUCCUUGGGUUGCUCCAAUUCCUGGAACUCCAAGUCCUUGAUUAAGCAUGCUGCUAUAAGGUGUGUGUCCAUGAUUAAGACCCAAACCAUAAGGUCUUGUUUGAGUAUUAAGAAGAAUAACUGGGCUCACGU